UACAGCUCUGCGAUUCCAACAAAUCUCCCCAUUUCUGAUCUUCUCUCUCGUCGCGCUUAACCCAUGUAGAGCGCGAGAAGAGCAGAGGAGAAAGAGAGGGUAAAGAUCAGGUAUUUAUUGAAGAAUAAAGAGAAGAGAUGUCCGUGGAUGAGCCGCCGCAGGGCUCGAAGAAAGCCCUAAGUUGUAGCCCUUCGAGGAGCCCAGCAAGCUUGAAGUUUUAUGGCGUGCUGGCGCAGAAGCAGCGGAAACCCUCGACGGUGUCCAAGAAGCCACCGGAGCCGCUCCGGCGAGCCGUGGCGGAAUGCCUUCCACUCCCUAAUCUCCACGGCAAUCCAUCAUUGUUUUCAUCCGAAGCCGCUAGGAUUCUUCGGGAUUUUCUAGCUAACCCAGCAACUGUUGAUAUGGCUUACAAUGUACUCUUAGAGCAUGCCCUUGCAGAGAGAGAUCGAAGCCCAGCAGUUGUCCCACGCUGCAUCACUUUACUAAAACACUAUCUUCUGAGAUAUGUGCCAAAGGCGCAAAUGUUACGGCAGGUUGAUCGUUUCUGCGAGAAUUGUAUUAUCGAGUGUGAAACUAUUUCAAAACGAGUAUCAUUGUGUUCUAACUCAUUAAGCCAAAAUUCUAGGACAUCUUCAAACACUUUACCCUCAUUGCUACCUGCUUCCAGUUUUGCCUCGGCUUCUCUUGUAAAAUCCUUGAAUUAUGUGCGUUCCUUAGUGGCGCAGCAGCUUCCUAAAUUAUCAUUUCAGCCAUUAACCUCUGGACCUUCUUCAACCUCUGGAAAACAAGCACUACCCUCUCUAUCAUCGUUCUUGUCUAAAUCUUUUACUGCUCAUCUAAACUCUGAAGUUGCUACCAGCGCAGAUUCUCCUCAAAGAAAAGAAACUUCCUUACAAUCUUUGAUGAAAAUCUCAGACCUUGAUAAAGAUAAUGACAAUAGUGACAAGUACAUUAACUCUGACCUCAUUUCAUGGCGAUUGUCUAGCCAUAGAGAAAACCAAUCAGCUUAUUUGAUGAGAGAAAGUCCCUUGAAGACUACUGGUCUCCAUAGACAUGGUUUUAUUGAAGUUGGUGCUGCAGCUCUUCUUAUCGACAACAAAGAGGCGAAAUUAAAUGAGAUGUCGUCAAAAUAUCCUAUUUCUCAGAAUAUGCCUGAUGUUGGCCAGCUUUUGAGGCCUCUGUCGCCUUUGUCGGCCACAGAAAGUACGAAUUUUGGUUUUGUCGAGAGCCAUCUUAAAGCAAUCGCUGCCUCCAAGCGUAUGAAAGGUGGACCUCAUCAAGUCUGGGAAAAGGUAUCGACAAGCACAUUCCAUCCACGACCACACCCCCUUUUUCAGUACAGGCAUUACAGUGAGCAGCAGCCUCUGCGGUUAAAUCCUGGAGAAGUCAUUGCUGAAGCUUGCUCAGAAACCUCUUUGACGCCUGGUAAUCUGACUAUGUCGUCUCCUCUGGCUAAGCAUAAUGCACGGCCUGUUGCAGAAGUUGCCAUUAGUGUCCUCUUAAAACUUGUUAUUGACAUGUAUGUGAUGGAUUGUGCAUCUGCUGCUCCUUUCACUCUUUUAUUGCUAGAGGAUAUGCUUACUUCUCAAACGGUGACGUCCAGGAUCCGGGUUUUCGAUUUACUUCUAAAUCUCGGUGUUCAUGCACAUUUGUUGGAGCCUGUACUAGAUGACACCCCACCAAUUGUGGAAGAAGAGGUUUCGGAAGAACCAUGCUUAAGCAAUGAAGACCAAGGAGCAGUGGGAAAUAUCAGUGCUGAUGUUACCAUACAUCAAAAAAUGGUUUCAGCUGUUGAAAAAUUCGAGCGAUGGCUUUUAGCCAUUCUGUUUGAGGUUCUUCAGCUACUCGUACUGACAGAAGAAAAGGAGGAAAUUGUCUGGGCAUCUGCUUUGAGCUGUUUAUUUUACUUUGUCUGUGACAGAGGAAAUAUAUUGAGAAGCCGGUUGGAUGGCCUUGAUAUACGGGUUAUUAAGAUCCUUCUUGAAAUUAGCAGAGAGCAUUCAUGGGCAGAAAUAGUUCACAAAAAGCUUAUUUGUAUGUUGACAAAUAUGUUAUACCGGACUUUGGAUGGAUCUCAAGAAGCUUUAGUAGAUAAUCACACAUUACUUGUCGAACAGUUUGCUUUACUUGGAGGGAUUGACUUCAUCUGCCUGGAGUAUUCACAGGCCAGAUCGAAGGAAGAAAAGAGGAAUCUCUUUUUGGUCCUUUUUGAUUAUGCACUGCAUCAGAUAAAUGAGGCACGCUUAAUUUCUGGAACUUCUGCUUAUGCUUUUGAUGAGGUUCAGCCGGUUUCUUCCAUGCUUAAUCUUGCCAAUGCUCCUGAAGCCUUUUACAUUGCCGUUAAAUAUGGCGUGGAAGGUAUUGGACAGAUUUUAAAGAAAUCCAUUUUUGGGGCUUUGUCUAAAUCACCAAAUCAUGAGCAUCUUGAUCUGAUUACUGAAAAAAUCAUCACGGAACUUGAUGCUACCAUGAGCGCAUUUACUCAUCUUGACAAUGAGUUCGAUCAUAUGCUAGAAUUGACAAAAUCUUACCUGUCAAGUUCUGCUUUAGACGAACUUGGAGAAACGGAGAUCGGCUUGAGAACUGAGCUUUCUUGGGCUACAUUACACUCUCUUCUACAUUCAGAAAGGGCUGCAUAUCGUCAUCAUGGAUAUAUAUGGCUAAUUGAAUUGUUGAUCUUAGAAAUCAGCAAAGUAAAAGGAAGGAGCAUAUGGGCUAAUAUUGAAAAUUUUAAGCAGCAUUUUAGAGUUGCUGGAGGCCAGGAUAUAAUAACAUCUUCAGCUGUUCCAUUGUCUAUAAUUAUCAUGUGCGGCCUUCUGAAAUCAAAACAUAAUUUCAUUCGAAGGGGUUUUCUUUUCGUCUUGGAAAGGUUUUUAAUGCGAUGCAAAUUGCUUUUGGAUGAAGAUGAGUUGCAGGCCGUAAAUUUUGAGGAUAAAAUCGUCAAUCACAAUCAAAUCUUGAUUCGCAAAGCAAAUGCUGUUAUAGAUGUAAUGAGUUGUGCUUUAUCGCUAGCACUGGUAGUUUUAGUAAAUGAGACUGACCACCUCAAUAUCUUGAAGAUGUGUGAUAUCCUUUUUUCUCAAUUAUGUCUGAGACUACCUGCCGCAAAUGAUACAACUGGGCACAACAAUUGCCUCGAAAAUCCUGUUACUCGUCAAACUCAAAAAGGCAACUCAGACUUAUUUCCAAGUUCGCCCAAACCACAAAAAAUUCACAUCGACAAGUCUUUGAGUCAAGGUUUAACCAUUAGUCAUGAAACCGUGUCGAUGGCCGCACUCGUUUUGCGCGGACAUGCCAUUGUUCCCAUGCAGCUGGUUGCCCAAGUUCCCGCAUCACUGUUCUACUGGCCAUUAAUACAACUUGCCGGAGCGGUGACUGACGACAUUGCACUCGGUGUUGCCGUUGGCAGCGAGGGCAGAGCGAAUGUUCCCGGUGCUACAUCAGACAUCCGAGCCGCCCUACUCCUGCUUUUGAUUGGUAAAUGUUCCGCUGAUUCUGCAGCAUUUCGGGAAGUCGAAGGCGAAGAGUUCUUCAGGGAACUACUGGACGAUACAGACUCCAGAGUUGCAUUUUGUUCGGCAUCAUUCCUUCUGAAGAGAAUGAUGACUGAAGAGCCUGAAAAUUACCAGCGCAUGCUUCAGUCUCUCAUAAUCAAGGCGCAGCAAUGCAACAAUGAAAAACUGUUGGAGAACCCUUACCUCCAAAUGCGUGGCAUCCUCCAGCUAGGGAAUGAACCUGCAGGGUAGAUCUGACUUUGUUACAGAGAAAAGCUUUGUUUAAGUAGCCAAAAUUCAAGGCCGGCUUCCCGCUAUUUAUUUGACGACGAAUGCCGUUGCCCGAUUGUUUAUGAGAGCAGUGUGUCUAUUGAGUGUCAUGGCGAACGGCAGAGUAGAGUUCAUAACCGGUAUAAUAUAGAUUUGUAAAUUAGUAAUUGGCUGGACAAAUGCUGCGCAGCACAAGUACAGCAAUGUAUAGUUGGACGUGUUAGUAAUUUUAUUCGUUGAUUUGUUUGAUUGUUUUCUCCCGCCCGUUGCAAUCCGAAGAAAAGGAUGAUUUUUUUUAUGUAAUAUAUUUAUUUUUCAGGUUAGUCAUAGUCUUCCGCACUGCCUCAGUUUUGUAGUCGUGAUGAGGAUAACAAACCAAGGUUCAGCUGAGUCUUUUUUUUUUUUUUUUUUUU